GAUCUGCAUGGCCUGCUUGUUGGCGACUUGCGUCAGUUGCCACAGCCACGGCACGUGCCGCUAUAUAGCGGUGCUGCGGAAGAGAGCUUGCGGCAGCUGCUGGCGCCGGGCGCGGGGGACGGCGGGGCCAUGGAGCGCCAGAUCCGGCAGCUGGAGCAUCCGGAGGGCAGCAUGAACCUCAUGGGGCGGGAGCUGUGGAAUAUGGUGCCGUUCGCGUUCGUUCUCACUCACCAGCAUCGGCAGCAAGCAGGCGUAGCUCGUGCAGCUGCAUGCGCUCGCGCAGCGUCAGCAGCUGCUGCUAUGGCGUAGCGCGGACUUGUCGCCGGACGGGAGCAGCUUACCUAUUUCGCAUGUGCAUCAAUUAGAGGCGCUUGGCGGGCCGAAGAAUGAUAGCGGUGUGCCCGCUGUGUGCGCAUUCUUUGCUGGCAUUCGUUACGUGUUUACAUCAAAUGAGCAUGUGCGUCUGUAUCACAUCAUCAACAACAGUGCCACAGGCACCGGCAUUGUUCUGCAUCCCAACGAGUCACCAUUGCCAGAUGCAAGCAUUGCCCCCCGUGCAUGUCCUCAAGUUCGUGCCCCUCGGCUGUAAUGGUGCGCCCCGACGGGCCUGAUGCGGGUCGGGUGUCUGUCGAUCAGGCCCUGGAUGUCGGGGAGAUUCCUGUUUUACCGUGCAGUGCUAUGUUCACAUCGCAGCAUGCAACCCUGCGGUUGCCUGUGAUGCGCUGGGGCUUUCGUGUGGAGCUUGCGUAUGCAGUCACCGAUUACUUUGCGCAGGGGCAAACUCUGCCAGCGCACGAACUGUGGCUGGUGGAUAUGUGCAAACCGCAGCACGGCAGUUGGCGGCGGGCUUCAAUUUACGUAAUGCUCACCAGGUUUCGUGGGUUGCAUGCCUUACAUUUAGUGCGUCCGCUGUGGGCCUCGCGGGCCGAAGAGCGCCGGCUUAAAAAGGCGCUGCGUACCAUGCUAACGCCCGAGGCAGAUCUAGCCGCGGAAUGGCAGCGGCUAUUGAGGCUCUCGCAGAGCACAGCAGUAGCAGUGCCAGGUAUGAUUGUGCGCAUUCAGGCCAGCAUGGCUGCCUCAUAACCAAGGCUUUCAAUGCAUGCAGUAGUGUUUUUAACAUGCGCGAGGUGUACUGACAGAUGACCUGGAAGCGUGGAGUACCUUGUGGGUGGUGAGUGCUGACUGCAAUUUACAGCAGUGACUUUCUUGUUGGUGUUUGGUGUGGUGACCAUCAUGCUUGGCUUCGCUGGCUGGACGUAUGUCACUGAGCUACGUUCGGGUUUAGUUUCUACCUGUCCUGUCUCUGCGUGAAGCCGGGGUAUUGUUUAUCUGCUUGCUUGUCGUGCGUUGGAUUGUUGUGUGUUUACAACAGGUUGAUGUGUGGCGUGGUUAAUCCCUUGCACUUUGAGGAGGUUAUUGUUAGCCAGCUGGUGUUCGCACAGGAGGUUGGUGGUCGAUGAACAGUCGACCGACAGAUGGAUCGCGGGAUUUGUUUUUGGCAUUUACCGCUUGGAUUCUAUUCGCAACGUAGCUCGGAAUACACGCUUAAUAUGCAUAGUUAGAAGACUUCGGGGACGCAAAUCGCUCGGAAAUGGAGGAGGGUCUCAAUAUGCUCGGCUCGCGAUGUCGCGCUCUUGAGCUUGUAUUAUGCACUGUGCGCAAUGCGCGUUCAGCAUGCAUAUUCUUACGAACAACUAGGGACUUGAGUGACGCGGUGUGAAAAUCAGUCGGGGUCUCGACAUGCUUGGCUCGCCAUUUCGCGCUCCCGAGCUCGUUGUGUGUGUUCCGAACAAUGCACGCUCAGAAUUACAUGUUCAAUAUGUCCGUCGCGAUGUUCGAGCUUGAAAACCGACAAGCAUGGUGUAUAGAUACACCUGGUAGCCUGAAUUCCUGUGUUUUUGGUGUAUUUUGUUGAUGUUGCAUCACGCCGUGCCUUGUCACAUUCAUGUUUUUUGUACCGGCGUGGCCUUGUUUGUAAAUUUCGCGGCGC